UUAUCUUAUCAUUACCGAUUGAGACUGGCGUCUCGAGUAAAUUUGUCGUCCGAGUCACUUCAUAAUUCUUGGUCAGUAAAUUGCAUAUUUAAGAUCACGUUGGAUUCGUAGAAACUAGAUAAGUCUGUUUGACGUUGGUUUUAAUAGCAUAUAUGUAGUGUAGGGUUGUGAUAUUAACUGACAAGUGUGUUAUUAUAUUAUAUUAAUCCAGUGUGCGUAGGGAGUAAUUUGGGAGUGACAUACUCGAAUAAGUGAAACGGGCUAUUUUAAGAAAAUUUGAUUUGGUCAAUUUUUUUUAAUGGAUUAUAUAAAACAUUUUAUAUUUAUUUAAUAGAUUGAUAAGAAAAUAAUCAAAUGAAAUGGAAAUAUAUUUAUUUAUUAAUAUGAGUGAGUUAUUUGGGUAUGUCACUCCCUAUCCUAUGCAUGCCGGGUUAUAUACAUGUCAAGUCAGUGAAAUUACAUGAUGGUUAAUAAGAAUUGUCGUUGUGCAGUGCAUAGAUUGAUUAUUGACUUUUGUAUAACCAAUAUUACCAAUUUUGUAUCGGCGAGAUCGUUGAAUCUCUUAUUAUGAGUGCGAAGGAUCUGUGGAUACGUGAUCUCAUUACUAUUUACGGAUCUAUAUUGAUUGUCACGUCCGUGUUAAUAUUUUGGAUCACCAAGAAAUGGUCGAAAUUUUGCGAGAAUUUAUAUCGCUCUUAUUUAUUGGGCUUCGAGAUGGAAUGUGCCGAGCUUGCCGGGUCACAUAAAAAGCGACUUUUUAAAAAUUUGAGAUAUACAGAAUCGAAGGAUGAAAUUUUGAAAAUAAUGGGCAAAGUUCGCAUUCUUGAGAUUGGCGUGAAAACAGGUAACAAUAUACAAUACUAUCCUGACGGGACUCAUUUGAUCUGCGUCGAUUGGAAUCGAAAGUUGGGCGAUUAUUUAAUCAAUGGAGAAAGAUCUUACGAAUUUUCGCAUAUUACUAUUGAACGUUUAAUGAUCGGCGAUGGUAGCUCACUCAAAGGUAUUCCAUCGGGCUGUGUAGACGUUGUUGUAACUACGAGAUCACUUUGUUCGACCAGAUCAGUUAGGUCGACUCUUCGUGAAAUAUAUAGAGUCUUAGCACCGGGUGGAACUUAUCUGUUUUUUGAACACACAAUGGAAAAUGAUAAAACCUUUAUCAGGUGGUUGCAAAAGAUACUCACAAAAACUGGGAUCUGGCCAGCAUUGUUUGGCGGCUGUCGUCUAGAUUCAAAUCCUAUUAAAGACAUUGAAAAGACAGGUUUUCAGGAAGUCGCAUGGAAUCCCAUAACACUUCAAGGUUAUGUUUCUCAAGGUUUUCAUUUAACUUUGACACGACGCCACGUCGUUGGUACAGCUAAACGCUGAAUUAAAGAAGAAAAUGAAUCACCAGAAAAUAAAGACGCAUCGAUUGUUAAAAUAUUAUUUAUUCAGGUCGUUAGUUACCGUAGGCAAUUCUGAUACAGAAAAAUAAGAAGGCGAAGCACAACUCCAAGAAUUGAAAAUCUAAUAAAUAGUUUGACAGGUGGAUCAUCAACUUCAGUUACGUCUUUUUCCGAUAAACAUAUCAUUAAUGGCUGUACAGAAUACUGUAAUAAUAAUAAUAAUCUUUGUGAGUUUUGCUAAAUAAGUAACGCUUUGGCUGGAAGAAUCACAGGGAUGAAAUUGAAAAGUUGGAGUUGCUCCUCUCUCUCUUUUGAAUGUACAUUAAUUUUUUUUUUAUUAGAAUAUAAAUUAGGAACAUUUUUCUCUUUUUCACUGAUAAUACGGUCCACAGUAUUUAGUAUGAAUAACCAAUUCUCGCCGAGAGUCACUCAAAACUGGGAUAAGUUUGAAUAAAGGAUUUACAGGAUAUAUUAGUAAUUAAAAAUAUAACAUUUUUUUCCUAUUUAUCUUUUUAACAAAAUUCACUGAUUAAGUUACCAAGGCUUUAUAUUAAUAGUACCGUAGGACGUUUAUAAGACUUUCUUCUACGAAUCAGUCAGCAACAUUAACUGUAAUUAAUUAAUUUAAAGCUAUUUAACGCAUAUUACAAAAUAUUAAGGUAUCUAAUAACCUAAUGAUUACAACAAUGUACAGUCAAAUAUAUAAUUUAUAAAUGA